UUAUGGCAGUAUGGUGUAUUUAGAUUGGCUGUGCCACGUGGUCCAUUUGGUCCAGCAGUACCUGGCAUACGCGGUCCAUGGUUUGGUAAUGGACCAAUUGAUGGCAGAAGAUUUGAAACCACAGAUGAUCGCCAUGUUCAGGCUAAGCACACCUCUAUAUAUCCCGAUGAUGAGCAGCUCACGGUAAUAGAGCGGCUUGUCACAGAAACAGAAAAGGCUCUUAAAAAGGUUUCAGACUUCUUCAAUGAGCGCGAUCAUCUGGAAACGAAGCCUCAAGUCAAGCCUGCAGCCACUGGGGAAGGAACGAAGGAAGCAGCAACACCACAAGAAAAAGAUCGUCUUUUGAAGGGAGUUAUGCGUGUGGGAAUGCUUUCAAAGGGACUACUCCUCAAGGAUGACACCGAGAGCCCCGAAGGAUCAUCUCUGAAUAUCACAGUUGAGGAAUCUACAGCAUCAAUGACAUUACAACAGAGCUGUGUACCACUUAAGUGUCGUAUCACAUUGACUUCUCGUGAAUUCAGGGAGGACGUUGCUGGUGGUUGGUUUCUUGUUUUAUCUCACCUUCUAGAUGCUCGAAUCAGCAACAGUAUGCAUCUUGGGAAAGAAUGCUAA